AUAAUAAUGUACUUAAGCAAAGAAGAAUUGUGAAAAAUAUAUAUGUAAGUACAUAUAUAUUUUUCUUCUAUAUGUUUUUUCUACGAUUUUUCUUUCAUAUUUUGUUCGUGGUGUAUUGAGAAGAAUAAUUUUCCUACACAGAUUUCCGUACGGCAUUUUUCACACUAGCCAGCUGAAAAACAAGGCAAUAAAAAAAAACAACACCAGCAGCAGUAGCAAAUAUAAGAAAUACGAGUCAAAAUAAUAGUGUGUGUUUGUUUAUUAUUUUUCUAUUCUACAAAAUAAUAAUAAGAAAAAAACAUCAGCAGAGAGGCCAACACGAAAAACAACACUAUCUCAACAACAUCAUCAUCGGCCAACCAACCAGCCAGCCAGUCAGUCGGACAGUCAAAGCCGUGUUGUAGUAGUAAUAGUUUUUCUGGACUGUUUCUUGAACUAGUGAGGGCAAGUUAGAGUGUGUGUUUCUUUUUUUUGGCCCAUGUUAUAAAAAUGUCUGAAUAUCACCGUUUAACGGAUCAAAAAUAUUCGGAAGCUGAAUAUCUCUUCCAGACAAUCGAAAUGGCCAAAUCAGAUGAAGAAUUUAAUGUGGAAUUGUGUCCAACGCCACCAACGCACACAGAACUAGAAUUGGCCUUAAUGGACAAUAAUGAUUUGGAGUCCAUAUACUCGUGGAAAUUAGUCAAACGCAGACGACCCCGUCGCCGUUACACGGUAUCACAUGGUGGUGGUGGUGGAGGUAGUAGCGGCGUUGUGGCUUUAAAUGGUCAUAAUGCAAAUGUGUGUCCACUUGGAGGUGGAGGAGGUGGCCUUAGUAGUGGACUACCACCGGCACCACCAUCCACACCCACUUCACUAACCCCCACUAAUACAAGUCUGUUGUCCUCCUCUCUACCGAAUUCCGGCAUUGAAGGCCUCGUUACCGAAGAGGAACAACAGCGGCUCGACAGUCUACUCUACAUUCUCGAUUAUGCACCCAAGUACAAAAAGAAAUUGAAGGAACAGCAACGUACUGAUGCUGAAUUAGCAGAACUUUUUAAUGUUGUCUCCAUAACCGCCUCAAACGGUACAUCAUCGUCGUCGUCCUCUUCAAAAACUAAAUUCCAGCCAGAGCGUGGUGUCUCCUCCACCUCACGUUCUAUACGCAAACACGAUGUGAAAUUAAUGAAAAUCGUUAAGGUUCAUCGCAAUCUAAAUAAAACAUUUCGUGAACACGAUGAAGAGGAUUCCGUUUCGGCACCCGAAUACGAUACCGAAGAAGAAGAUACCCGCUUUCAUCGUUUGGGCCGCAUAAAGCCCUCACAACGGUUGUCGCUAACAAAACGUGAACGACGUUUUGCCCGCUUUGAACAUGCCGAACGUAUGGAGGCCAUGGUCGAUAUAUUCGAUGAAGCCAUGAAUUUUAAUGAAACCUAAAAGGUUUUUUAAACUUACAUUCAUAUUAAUUAAUCUUGCAAUAUUUUCUAUUGCUUUCGUUUUGUGGACUUGAAGGGAGGUAGAUAGCGUGCGUUGUUUAAAAGGGUUAAUUUUAGAGAAUUUUACUUUGUUAAGAAAGUAAAAGCGAAGAGUUUAGAGUUUAUAGGUUUUAAAGCGUAAAUUGAAAAAUUAUUCAAAUUUUUUUUUAUGAAAUUUAAAGAAAAUAUUGAAAAUUUCGUUUUGAAAAAAUCGUUGUUGUUUUCAAAAUUUUAUCAUUUUCUGUGGUUUUUUUUGCUUAAAUCUGAAAAUUUCAGACUUAAACUGUGAGUUAAAUUGAAAUUUAUUAUAAAAUGUUAAAAAAUUAUUAAAGAAAAUCUUGAACACUUAUAAAUUUACUUAUCAAACGCUUUAAGCCUUUAAGCAAUAAAAUUUUUGUUGAAAAACAGAAAGAAACCUUUUAAAUAACACCCCACGUUAAAACUCCCUUUAAACUUCAAGAAAAUUUUGUAAGAUUUUAAUAAUUAUAUUAUUAAAAUAUAAAACUAUUAAAUGCAUAAAAAAUAAUGCCCUAAGCGUUAAACUUUUUUAAAAAAAAUGGGUCUCAAUGUGAUGAAGAAUGAAUUUCUGUGUAAUUUUAAAUUAUAUUUUUUUUUUUAUUUCAGUUUAUUAUUAUUAUAAUAUUUAGUAAUUUCAUAAUGAAUUAAGUUUUAUUUUCCUUUUUUUUAUAUAAUUUUCUAUUACAAAUGUGUAUUAA